GGGGGAGGGGGAGGCAUGGGGCUAAGGCGGUGCCAGGCACCCGGGGUCUCCUACAGGCCCCCACCCGCCCCCUACCAGGGGCGCCGCUGGGAGGGAGCUAGGCCUUGGGGUGGGCCGACCUUGGGCUUCCACCCUCCCGCAUACACAAAAGGCUGCCUCGCUAGGACCGGGAGCCCUCCUGCACACACGCACAACUGCACAAAGACGUGCAUACCGUUCCACCGCACGAACACACUCCCGACUCGGCCGGAGCACACGGCCGUGCUCACGCACCGGCACACUCGCGUGCACACACGCGCACGUAUAGACACCCCAGCGUGCGCCCUCACGUACACAGACACACAGCGGGGUGCAUGGCGGUGUGGACCCCCAAAUGCCGGCCUUGAGGCCCUGACGCGCCCGCCGCCCUGCCCUGGCGCGCACACGCAGGCACACUCGCAGGCACACGCACCCUCCCGCACUGCUCCACGCCCCUGGCCGCUGCCCCGGAGGGCGCUGUGCUGCGCGGCGGGCGGGCCCGGGGCGGGGGCGGCGGCGGCGGCGGCGGCGGCGGCGGCCGGGAGAGCGGAGGAGGCGGAGCAGGGAGCCGGGAGCCGGCUGGCCCGCGCUCCUCCUGCCGGCCGGGGAUUUUCCAGCCUGGGCGCUGUCGCCUCGGACCUCCUGCGGCCGCGGCGGACCAUGGGCGACAAAGGGACGCGCUCGCUAUCCCAAAAUGAAGGCCUGAGGAAAGAAGGUACCAGCCAGGACAGGGAUGGGGUGGGACUCUCCUAUGUGCCCAAGUCAUACCAGAGGCCUCAGCUCUUACUUAUGUGGAGACCUGUCCUUAACCUGGUGAUUCUCCUGAGAGGAAAACAGAUAGGAGAAUUUCCAUUAUACAGGGUGUUCAAGAAGGCAAGCCCGAAUGGAAAGCUCACUGUCUAUCUGGGAAAGCGGGACUUUGUGGACCACAUUGACCUCGUGGACCCUGUGGAUGGCGUGGUCCUCGUGGAUCCUGAGUAUCUCAAGGAGAGGAGAGUCUAUGUGACACUGACCUGCGCCUUUCGCUAUGGCCGGGAGGACCUGGAUGUCCUGGGCCUGACCUUUCGCAAGGAUCUGUUUGUGGCCAACGUGCAGUCCUUCCCGCCGGCCCCUGAGGACAAGAAGGCCCUGACGCGGCUGCAGGAGCGCCUCAUCAAGAAGCUGGGCGAACAUGCCUAUCCUUUCACCUUUGAGAUCCCUCCGAACCUCCCGUGCUCUGUGACAUUGCAGCCAGGGCCUGAAGACACAGGGAAGGCCUGCGGUGUGGACUAUGAAGUCAAAGCCUUCUGUGCCGAGAACCUGGAAGAGAAGAUCCACAAACGGAAUUCUGUGCGCCUGGUUAUCAGGAAGGUUCAGUAUGCCCCCGAGAGGCCUGGCCCCCAGCCCACAGCUGAGACCACCAGACAGUUCCUUAUGUCGGACAAGCCCUUGCAUCUUGAGGCUUCCCUGGACAAGGAGAUCUAUUACCAUGGAGAACCCAUCAGCGUUAACGUCCACGUCACCAACAACACCAACAAGACAGUAAAGAAGAUUAAGAUCUCGGUGCGCCAGUACGCGGACAUCUGCCUUUUUAACACAGCCCAGUACAAGUGCCCCGUGGCCAUGGAAGAGGCCGAUGACACCGUGGCUCCCAGUUCAACCUUUUGCAAGGUCUACACACUGACCCCAUUCCUGGCCAACAACCGAGAGAAGCGGGGCCUCGCUCUGGACGGGAAGCUCAAGCAUGAAGACACGAACUUGGCCUCCAGCACCCUGUUGAGGGAAGGAGCCAACCGGGAAAUCCUGGGCAUCAUUGUUUCCUACAAAGUGAAAGUGAAGCUCGUGGUAUCACGGGGCGGCCUGUUGGGAGACCUUGCAUCCAGUGACGUGGCCGUAGAACUGCCCUUCACCCUAAUGCACCCCAAGCCCAAAGAGGAACCCCCACAUCGUGAAGUUCCAGAGAACGAGGCGCCAGUAGAUACCAAUCUCAUAGAACUUGACACAAACGAUGAUGACAUCGUGUUUGAGGACUUUGCCCGCCAGAGACUGAAAGGCAUGAAGGACGACAAGGAGGAGGAAGAGGAUGGUACUGGCUCGCCACAGCUCAACGACAGAUAGACUGGGGCCGGCCCUUCCUCCGGGCAGCUCCAGGUCCGCGUUCAUGCACUAGGAUGCUUAUUCGUCUUCUUCCUGUCCUUGUUACCCCUCCCCCUUGUCCUUCUAGUUCCUUCCAGGGGACGGGGGUGCCCAGCGGUCUUCCAGGUGAACCUCUGGCCUCAGGAUUGGCCCCACGCCAACAGGAUCACGAGGACCACCUUCCCCCGUCACCCCACUCAUGGGUCACCCCUCCAGCCUCUUCUCUUUUCCUGCUGACCCCCAGAAAGGCCAUCCGGGCUCUGGCCUUGGGAUUUUACUUGGGAUGAGGAGCAGAACAGGGAGGGUGGGGCAGAGAGCUCGAGACACGGGAGAGGAUGCCUGUGGCCCCAGGUGGCUGGCGCAGCUCUGGCAGCUAAAAGAUGACCACGCUGAGGGCCACCCUCUUCUGGCCAUGAGAGGCACACCUGUGGAUUGAUUCUCAAUACUUUUUACAGUCCGGACCCACCAAACACCUCUCCCCUUCCACCCCUCCGUCCUCAUCCUGUGUCCCUCUGUGUCUCACAGUGACAUUGGUGAAGGUUCGCAGACCCCAGAAGCAGAGAAAAGCCACUGGACUGACUUUCUUACCAGCAGUUACCCAGUCUAAGGCAAGCUGUGUGAACUAGCCCAAGUCUAAUUCAGUCCUCUCAGGAUGUGACAUCCUAGCUACCUUGUACCUUAUACGUGUGUCAUAUCUAUACACAUGCACAGAGGGAGAAGGGAGGAGUCUUCGCAAAGCACCAACAGGCGGCAUAGUGAGGCCAAGCUCCUGGGGGCUUUUCCAGAAGGAUGGCUCCGAGAGAUGGGGGUUAGGGGCAGAAGGAUGAGUAUCUGCUCAAUUCCCUCCUUUGUAGACUUAAGAGCAAUUAGUGAUCCCACAGGAAGUAAGGCUGGAGGUCCAGAUGGGGCUGGGGACACUGGUCCAGUCCCCUACUACCUCCCUUCAUAGCCCUCCAGGGCUGAGCUGGGCUGGCCCUGCAGGGUGGGAGAGUGUGCUUGGGGGUCAUCACGCCCACAGUCAAUGGGCCUCCUGCCCCAGGAGGUGGCGUGGUCCAUCAAGAUGCCCUCCCCUAGAAGGAAGCGGGCUGCUGGGUAGCAAGGAACCCUUCAUUUCCUUGGGGAUUUAAUGAUCCCCCAGUAGGUCCUGGUGUCAUGGAUGCCUGGUACCCACUGGCUGGGGUUGAUGUGAUUGGGACUUGGGACAGGGCAAGGCAGAUGAUGAGGCAGAAAGUGAUAAAAGGUAUUCGUUCUUGUCUGGUCUUUGAUGCCCACUUACUGUGUGACCUUGGACAAGUUUCUUUCUCUCUCUGGGCCUCAGUUCUUCACCUAGAAGACUGAAGGGUUUGACCAGACUCUGGUCUCCAAGGGAGACCCCAACUCUGGCCUCCAAGAAUUUGUAAACUUUAGAGCUUCUGGUAUGAUGGGUGGAACCAUCCAGACCACUGACUCUGGUCUCUCUGCCUCCAGAGAUGAUUCAGGGCCCCGGAAUUGGCAGGGCCCUGGAGAUCUCCUAGCCCAUCCAUUCCCAUGCCCUUCUUGGGCCACUGGAGGGUCGUCUGAUGUUAAGCUGUGGUCAUAGCUAGCAUGAGCUGCUCGGCCCUAAGACCCAGUAUUAAAGAAGACAAAGCUUAGAUUUGUUUAUGAUAGGGCCUUGGGUACCUCACAGCUCCCUGUGGCUGCAGACCCCCUAAGGCUCACUGUAUACACAAGCAAAUAUAUUUCUUAGCAGGGUGAGGGGAAUGUCUCCUCCAUCCCUGCUCCCUUUUAUCUGUUCCCAUGCUUGCCUGGAAAAGGAGACAACAAAAAUGUUAUUAUGGGGCCUCCACCCUUUUCAGGGCAGCCCCUCCUGGGGUGGGCUGGGUAACCAUUCUCCACGGCGAGAGUGCCCAGUUCACAAGCCCAGCUCAGCACCCUGGCCCUUACCCUUCUGAAUCUCAUGAAGUUGCAAUUCUAGGGAGCCCUACCCCACGGCAGGCCAAGUCAGCUUGCAGCGGCCACGAUCUUCUGGUCAGUUCUGGGGUCCUAGCUGUGGGAGCCCCAGGCAUCCAGCCACUACCAGAACUUGCUGGCAGUUCGCACCUCCUUGGGCAGUUGAAGAGUUGAUGAAGGGCUGGAACCCAUGCCAAACAUAUGCUCUCCUGUGUCUUCCUCUGGGAACUUUGAGGCUGGUACGAGGAUUUGAGGGGAUCACUCCCCUACCGACUGGCCUCUUUCUCCAUCCCUCAGCUGUGCACACAGAUUUGUCACUCUGGUUUCUGGAGCUUCUUCACCUCAACAUCCACACUCCCCCUUUCGGAUUUGUCCAUGUAUGACUGAUUCCCCCAGCUGCAGGAAGUAUACUCCCAUCUAGACCUUUACUCUUUGGGCCCAGGGCUGCAGAAGGGCGGCCCCUGUCCUCAGGAAGCUCAUGGUCAGGUGAAAGUUCUAGGGGGAAGCAAUGGGGGCCAUUGGAGUCAGGGGUCCUUGGCUGCUGCUAGUCCAUAUAGUGCCUUGAUGUGAAGUAGAAACAGUCCCCUUCGAGGUGGGUUCCGUCCAUUUGAAUGCUCAGCUUUGAGAAUGGCGCAUAGGCUGGAGUUCAGCCCCACUCGCCCCAGCUGGGUGCAACACAGGCUGGAGUGUUUCCUUGGGUCACUUCCUGAGAGAAAGACCCAUAUCAUCUUUCAAAGCUUCUGGUUGGCUCCAGACCCCACAGUGUUGGCUCUGUGCUGACCCCAGGGCUCCGCACUGGUACCUCCCAGUGCCCCUUGUGGGUGGCAUAGAGAGAGCAGUCUGGGCAGGAAGGAGAGGCCUGGCGCUGGGGGAAAAUCUACAGGCGGAGGCAAGCUGGGCUCCCUCAGCUUUCCGAGCACGAGAAGGGUGAAGUCCUGUGAAGAGAAGGGCUGAAUUAUUCGGUCCGCCUCCAUAGGCACACCAGGUGGGGGGUGGGGUUGCUUCAGCUGCUUGGCUUGUCCCUGACAAGCUGGUUCCCACAUGGUGCCAUGAAAAGCAUGCUGGCCUGGAAGCCCACGGUGUCUCCAGCUCAGUUGUCACCAACCAGCUGAGUAGCCUUGAGCAAGUCUCUCACCCUCUUGGGCUCAGUUUCCCUAACUAGAAAAUGAGACUGUAAUCCCUUCCCCAGCUGAUGCAAGGGAUCUGAAGCCCAGAAGAGACAAGAGUCAGCUCUGUAGCUCCGAGUCACACAGGAAGAUCGCUGCGGGCUGUGUCCUCCUCCCACCGGUCUUCAUCUCUUGCCCCCUUCUCCCUUAGGCAGACAUCAACCCGGAGGAGAUGCAGUUAGCUUGGCUUUGGUGACCCAGCUGAGAGACAAAUGUGGACACUGCUCAGGAAUGCCUUGCCCACAGAUAGUGGUCCCAGCAAUCAUGACAGAGAGACAAGCCAUGGAUAUUGCGAGUGAUUGGGCUUGGGCAGGGGGCAUCCUGAACCCUUCCAGGCCUGGUGGACCCCCAUCUCCCGUCUUUCAGAUCCCACAGAGGACAGGAAGCCUUGGCUCUGAUUCCAGAUGAGGGAGAGCCACCCACUUCCAGGCCCAGGGAGGGCUGAACUAUCAUUCCAUCAAAGAACCCCAAGGCUGAGGUGGAACAGAAAUUGCCCUUCAAAGUAGAAGCCCUCCCCCACCCCCUCGCCCCGCAAUCCAGGAUCGAGCACAGCUGCUGAGGCUCCUUCAUGAUACCUGGAAGGGAUUCGGGUCCAGGGGAAACCCAGGCCCAUUCCUCUGAGAGCUGAGUCCCUGUGGACCCAUUCACUCCCCAUGGUUACAGCCUCUCACAAAUGCAGCCUUUCCUGCCAGUGACUGGGGACUGGACAUUCUCCAUCCAUCCCAGAGGCAUUGGCCCCAAUCUUGUAUUAUAGGGUCUCAUGGGCACAGGCUUAUGUUCUAAUUUUUUUUUUCUUUUUAAAGUAAAAAAGGACCAAAAUAGACCCUCCGACCCUCAUGCAUAAGGCUGUGUCGAGCAGUCUGAUGGCAUUUUGCCAUCCUGGUCCAGGGAGGUCCAUCACUUCUGUCCCCCAUCCAAGGCUGAAAUGGCCUACCUGUGGGGCAGGAUCCCCACCUCUUCCACUCCCCUACACAGUGGCUUCAACGAGAGGCCCAACAAAGGGGGAGCACCCUCCCACCCCAGCACUCUCUCCAAAAGGGAAAUCAAAGCACAGGUCCCCAGGACCCAUGACCUAUAGACACUCUGAUGCAGUGGUUUUUCAAACCAGGUGCUGUGGAACCCCUGGAGUUCCACAGAGCUUCGCCAGGGGCUGCUAACGUGGGACAGUGGGGGUGGAGGCAAAGGCUCGGUCUCCAGCUCUCCCCAAUCCCCACUUCCACCAGGACAACUGCUUUUAUCUGUCUUGCCUCUUGAGGUUCCACCUUCAAACUUUUGAAGAAAAGCUUCUUCAAACCACCAUUCUGAGGUUUGAUCUUCAACCAGCAAGCACGGGUUCUCUUCCUGCUUUUCAUGUUGGAAUGGCUUUAGCAUUCCAGUACAAAGUGGCUUGUACUGGAACUUGGGUUGCAGACCCAAGUCCAAGCAUUUGCUUACACAAAUACACGUACUUGUUUGAUGGUUUUGUAGCUCACCCACCAUGGAAGCUUCCCUGGCCUGGGUUUGAUUUGGUCUUACCUUGGUAUCAGACAUGCAGAGUGGGGGACAACAGAGCAAGGAAAUAGGCCCAGCCUCCACAUCACGACUUCUGUCUGCACCCCACUUCCCUGGCCCAGGCCUAUGGGACACAUGAUGGGAGAAGGAGAAACUAGUCUCAGGUUCCUCUUUAUAUACAGCCAGAUGGAUGGAUGUCUGGGUUCUCACAAAAGAAAACUGAGGGAGGACAUUAUACAGAAGUCCCUUCAUGAGGACACGACAGGGUCCCUCCAGAGACCUUUAAAGCAGCCAGUUUCCCUUGAGAAAUUCUACUAGGCUUCCACUCCCACAUCUGUGGACAAGCAAAUAUGUGGGCAACAGGAAGGUUCUGGAAGAGAUGUUGGUCCUCCACCCACAGUCUCUGCCAACCUGUCCAUCUGUCCAGGCCCCCCCACCAGGGCUAGCUGAGGGUUGGCACAUUGGUGAGACCCGGACUAGCCCUUGACACAGAAUCCUGCCUGGGGCUCUCACUGAGAGCAUUCUAGGUGAAAAUGCGGGUCUCAGGGCCCAGCAGAUCAUGUGGCAUGGGACAAAGAGAGUUCUAUGUUCAGUCUGAGUACGCUCUUAGGUAUCCCACUGACCUCAGUUUCCCCAGUGUGUAAGAUGGGGCUUGUGCCGGGCUCUGACCACCUCGCAGAUUACUGAAAAGGAAGGUCAUGGGGGGUAUGAUAGGUGAUGUCCUAUGAGAGGUGGGAGCCGCACAAACUCGGGGUGUGGUCAUGGCCUGCACCGCAGAGCAGCAGAGCACUUGAGGGAAUGAGUAUGGGAUAAUGCCAUCUUCCCAGACUCUUGCGCUUCCCAGACUCUACUCUGCUUCCCAUCUCUGCUCAGCGCUAAGGUCCAGCCACAGAUGCUAUGGGAGAUUCCUCCUCUUCCUACCGGAUGGGAGCCAGCAUUCAGCCUGGCACAGUGACUGUGGAUCCUGGACGCAGGGAGUGACAGGUGGCUGGGACAGGUCUCCAGGUCUGUAGCCCUUCUGUUAAGUGAUUAUUUUGUGACACCCUCUUUCCUGGGCCACCUGCCAGGUUUAUCUGUUGUACCUGUGGCAUUCCUUGUUAUGUCAGAUAAGUUAUUACAGUUUAUUCAACUCUAACAGGACAAAUGAACAAGAGAACCAUAAAUAGGAGACCAUUAAAGGUCUAUUGUGACAGAUGCUCCACGUGCAUUCAUUUCUGUCUCAUCAGCUUAUGGCAAGACCUAGAUCAGCAAAUACUGUCCCUACUGCCUCGGAAUGUUGGACAGCACCCAUGACUGGGUCAGGUGUUGUCUUCCCUUCUUUGUGGCCCCAACUCCAAUCUAGUCUCUGCACCCUCUCUGGAAACUAACAAAGAGAUCCUCCCCUCCCCAUCAGUUACCAGUCUUCUGGCCUUGGGGAUGUUGCCAAAACUCUCAGACAUCACUGGAUCCCAUGACCCCUGAUUUGCUGCUCAGGUUAAAGCCAUCCCAUCUUCUCUUUGGCACCACCAACCACUCCAGCUGGAAUCCUGCCCCAGUCUCAGCCCUGGGUCUUAUUCAGUACUUAAGUACUGUUCCGCGGGUCUCCCCAAAGUCACUUUACUUUCCUAUGACUUGCCCAAUGCCUGUUCGAAAGAACAUAUGGGAAGUAUGGGGAUAUAUGUGAGGAAGAUUAGAAGUUCUAAAUGAUAAUGUGUAGCGU